AGUCUACUAGUCGUUCGCGAAGUGUCACAGACGUCACAGACGUAUAAAAUACAAGAUGGCCAAAGACAACUUUUUGAACAAAGUAAUGUCUUUUAUUAGUUAAUUUUGUGUUGAUUUUACAUCGUUUUUAUCUCGAAAAUAAUUGAAAAAAAAUUGUGUGUGAUUCACGGUAUUCAUCGAGUGAUUGGAAAAUGAUUUAUUUUCACAUCUGAUGUGUGCUUCGAAUGUGUAAAAACUGUCGCGAAAUAAACUCUUUUUUUUGUACAACCAAUUUGGCUAAGAUUUUAAAGUCUCACUGAAAGUAUUAUAAAAAUAGAUAAAGAGCAAUUUUGUUUAUAAAAUCAUCAGUAUUUUGAUUGUUUUUUAAUGAAAAAAACACACAAAUAAGUGCAACAUUGGCUGGCUGGUGUUUGAGUUAAUUAAAAAAUGUGAUGAAGACGAAAAGUUGAAAUUCUUUUUUUCUCUUAUUGUUCAAUGUUUUAUAUUCAUAAUAUCCAACAAUAGACGGAAUAAGAAAAGAAACAACAACAUUUUUGAAGUCCUAAGUGUGUACAUAUUCGGUAUCAGAAAAAGUUUUGAAAGAAAUUUCGGUAAAAAAAGUGAUUUUAAAUUGGAAGAAAAAUGCGUGAAUUCAAAGUGGUAGUGUUGGGAAGCGGUGGGGUUGGGAAGUCAGCGCUGACGGUACAAUUUGUCUCCGGCUGUUUCAUUGAAAAAUACGAUCCGACAAUUGAGGAUUUUUAUCGAAAAGAGAUUGAGGUAGAUAAUUCGCCUUGUGUAUUAGAGAUAUUGGAUACAGCUGGAACGGAGCAAUUUGCUUCAAUGCGAGACUUGUACAUAAAAAAUGGCCAUGGCUUUAUUGUAAUGUAUUCACUUACAAACCAUCAAACAUUUCAAGAUAUAUCAAAUAUGAAAAAUGUAAUUAGUCGUGUGAAAGGGAGCCAACCUGCACCAAUACUACUAGUCGCCAAUAAGUUGGAUUUAGAAUGCCAAAGAGAAGUUUCAACAGUAGAAGGAAAUGCAUUAGCCGAACAGUGGGACUGUCCAUUUAUCGAAGCGUCGGCCAAAGAUAGAAUAAAUGUGAACGAAGUCUUUGCAACCGUGGUUCGAGAAAUGAACAUGACAUCGGAGAAACGACAAAAGAAAAGCUAUUGCUGUUGUACGCUAUUAUAGAAAAAAUAUUUUAGGAGCUAACAAUUUUUUACAUUAUGCCCAAAACCUUAAGAGAAAAAUAAAAUAAAAAAAAAACAAAAAAAAAUUGAAGGAGUAAAU